AUGGGGGACCUGCACAGUUGUGCUGCAUGCGCUGCAUUUUCGUCCCCUCUCAUUGCAGAAAAGCAGAGAAAACGUCUCCAGGAGUACCUAGCAGCCAAAGAAAAGCUCAAGUGUCCGAGUGCAAAACCCUUUUUAAAGGACCAGACGAAUCGCCUGAAUCAACCCUUAGAACCAGUUUCUAAACUUGAGCACGUUGACAGGAACAAGAACGAUGUUCUCAGAAACAUGGUGAAGGGCGCUCAGAAGGAUGGCAAGUCUGGUGCCAAAUCCACGCAGCACGCUGCUCAGCAGAAGCCUUCAAAUGCAUCCCAGAGAGCAACAGCGGUGCGUCCGGAGCAGCCGAGGAAGGGUGCAAAGCUUCCCAUGGGGCUCGUGCCAAGCAGGAGCUGGUCUGCGCAGCCCGGAGGGAGGCUCCUGGCUACAAACUCUGGUCACCUAAAUCCAGAAAGGAGCAAGAAGCCUGCACAGGAGACUGCCACUGCUGCAGCACCUCAGCCUGGAAGUGACCACCCCCCUCCUGGGGGUCCUUGCUCCCUAAAUGAGGGCCUGCAGGACAGGCUGGUCUGCAACAAAGAAAACAUCCGAGCACAAGCCUCUACGCACCCUGUGCGGAACCGAGUUUUCCAGUCUGACAGAAACAAUCUCGGGAACAAGAGAGUCUGGGCUCGCCCACAGAGCUCAGCCGCGAUGUCAAGAACCAUCACAGGCCCAAAGGACAGAAUUAAUAGCCGCCAGGCGAAGGAAGAGCUGGGGGAUAAAUUCAGGAAAGCCCUGCCAGGUUCAAAGAGCCUGUCUCAAAAACCAGGUGUCAAAACUCAGCCAUUGCAGCCCCCUCGGUUACUUACUGGUUCUACUAGUUUGCUACAUAAAAACCCAGCAGCAAGGCAGGAAAAAACUAAUACGGGAAGGGAACCCGUUGGAAGGCCACUCGGCUUACAGGCAGCGGGAGGUCUUAAGCCCCAGAGUAGACCCCCCCAGCUGAAAAGAUCUCCCGCAAAGCCUCCAGCCUCCAGCAGGCCCCAGGGCCCCACAGCCCUGAAAUCCAGCCUGAGGCCGGGUGGCACGGUGCGAUGGCAAAGGCCCUCGGCUAAAGGAGAGGCAGAUAGGAAGGACGUGAAGGUGGUGCCCCCCGGACGCAUGGCAGCACCCCGACUGACAGUCCCCCCAAACCAGCCUCGCAGCGUACAUGGCUCCAAAACUCAAGCAACUGAGAGUGAUUUUAGGAGUAGGAGAGAGAAGCUUAAACCAGCAGUGCCAAAGGCAAGUGGAAUACAGGCAAGGCGCGUUCCCAAGACCCCAUCGGGUGCGGAUCGUAAGAAACAGCUGGAGGAGUGGUUGGCAUCCAAAGGCAAGACGUACAAGCGGCCGCCUAUGAUGCUGCUUCAGAAAAAGCCAGUGAAGCCGUCCUGGGGAAAUGCCAAGGAGAAACAGAAGCAGGAGAAACCAGAGCAGCUCUGCCUGGAGACAGUCAACAGCCUAUUAACUGAGUGCCUGGAGCUCGCUGAGGAGGGUGUCCCGGCAGAGGAGCUCUCUGCAGUGCUGUCCCGCGUGCCCCAGGCAGAGAAAUUUGCCAAGUUCUGGAUCUGCAAAGCGAAACUCCUCGCCCGGAGCGGCCCUUUUGAUGUGACAGGGUUGUACAAAGCAGCCGUCUGCGCCGGCGCCGUGCCACUCCAGGAGCUCCGAGAAGUUGUCCUUGAUAUUUUGAAGGCUGCAGACCAAACAUUGGAAGGGGACAAGGCUGAGCAGCCCGAUCCCUGGGAGCCCACAACGCCUCACCCGAGCGAGAGCCAGCGCCUGGCAGCAACCCCCGGCCUGACGGGGAGGUCCCUGACCAGCCUGCCCCUCUCCAUCAAGUUACAAGUGACCUCUGCGACCAGAGGAAAGGAGCUGCUGCAAGGCCAGGAGCUGAAAUUGGUGACGCCAGUGCGGCGCUCGCUGCGGGUAGAGCGGGCUGGGAGCCACUACCCAGAGAUGCUGAAGGACCAUGACCCUGUGGUGUCAUCCCUCAGUGAAAUCCUGGAUGCUGAGGAGGAGACUCAGUUCUUCUUUCGGAAAAACAAGGCUUUGCCCGAGGUGGCGGAGCUGCAGGGUUUGAGUUUGUAUCCCCCCAAGUGCUGCUGAGGGAUCCCCAGCGGGGCGCAGGCUGCUUGCUCCCCUGUGCUGCCUCACACACGCUCCACUGACUUCUCUUGUUGCUUCUCGGGUGUAAAUACGGAGGGGUGGCACUUAAGCCUGUUUCAAAUAUAUAAGCACUGUUUUAAAUAUAUAAAAACUUGCAAUAGAGACACGGUGUGGCCCAGUGUGCAAGGGCUGGGGUUGGAGGUGUGGGCUGUGUCCCGUGGGACUGCCCUUGGCUCCUCUCCUCCGACGCGUGCCCCCAUUUUCCUGCCCUAGGUGCUCUGGGCACCUUCCGGUGGUUUGGAAGCACUGUCCCAAGGGAUUUGCCCCAGAGCUGCCUUGUGCCCUACCUGGGCAGCAUCCGGAUGCUCCCUGCCCACGGUGUGCGCAG